AUGUACAUCACUCUCUACUUUCUCGUCACUCGUCUCCCUGAGUCCCUUCGUGUCGUUAGGGACCAGGGUGUUCUCCUUCCCCCCUGCUGCCCUCUGUCGCCUCUGCCGCUGCGGCCGACCUCGCUGGUUUUGAGUCGGUCGGUGCGGCGUCUGCCCCCAGCGGUAGACGCCGCACUGGCAAGGGCAAGGGGGGCAAGGGAGCGGGUGGAGCUAGAGGGGGCGGUGGCGGGGGAGGUGGGGGUGGCGGGGGGAGUGGGGGUGGGCGGUGGAGGUGGUGGAGGGAGUGGAGGUACUGGUGGAGGCGGUGGAGGCGGAGGUGGCGGCGGAGGAGGUAGCGGAGGAGGAGGGGGUGAGGGUGCCAGUGGGGGCGGUGGCGGUGGAGACGGGGAUGGCGGUGGAGGCGGGGGUGGCGGUGGCGGUGGGGGUCGGAGUGGCUCGUCUCAGCGGAGCAGCUCUGGGGGUGGUCAGCGCCAGCAGCAGCUGCAGCGCUCAUCGCACCGUCCCCGCCCCUCAACAGCUCCGUGA